ACUUUGCAAGUUCCCAUAGUUUGAUUGGACAAUUAUCGUUUUGUCUCGGUUUUGUUGAUUGGUCCAUGGCCUUGUGACGUAAAUAAUGGUGGAUGAGUUGCUCCUCGUGUUGCGAGAAAUGGUGUUAUAGACACAUGUAAUAUUGAAAACUCAAAAAUGCCUGUUAGAAAGAAAAAGCAAUUUAUUGACAAAAAAAAUGCCAUUACAUUUCACCUGGUACAUAGAAGUCAGCAGGAUCCCCUGGUAGCCAGUGAGGAUGCUUCGAAGCAUGUACUUGUUCCAGGGGGAGAUAAGGAUGAUGAUUUGCGUACAGAAGAGCAGAGAAAGUAUGGAGUGUUCUUUGAUGAUGAUUAUGAUUAUAUGCAACAUCUGAAAGAUACCAACGAGAUCUAUGAGGUAGAGCUGGUUGACAGGGUCUACCGGGAAGAGGUGAAAAAUGUCAGAGACUCAGGGUUGAAGUUACCAUCAAGUGUACUACCAUCAGAGUAUGAGAAACCUGUAGGUCUGCUUAAUGAAGCUGUACCAGUGAGAGGUCCUCAGCCAAACUGGGAUCCUGAUAUUGUUGAAGCCCUAGAUGAAGACUUUGACUUUGAUAAUCCAGACAACCAGUUAGAUGAUGAUUUUGUACAAGUGGCAAAUGCUGAUGGUGAAGACGAGCAUGAAGGUAGUGACCUUGAGACCGUCAGUGACCUUGGUUCGGAUGUGGCCCAGAUGUCCGACAAUGAUGAUUUUGAUACAGACUACAAGUAUGGUGAUCACAUGUUUAUGGAUGAAGAGACGAAAUCACGGUUCACUAAUUAUUCCAUGUCCUCCAGUGUUAUAAGAAGAAAUGAGGGACUGACUUUGCUUGAUGAUAGAUUUGAAAAGUUGUAUGAAGAAUACGAUGAUGCAGAAGUUGGAGCUCUCGAUCAGGAAGAUAUUGAUGGAUCAAUACAACAAGGAAGUGCUGUACUUGAUGCUCUCAUGGAUGAGUUUGAAAAAACUCAAAAAGAAAAAAACUUGAAAGAAGUUGUUGAUGAGAAGGAAGGGGAGUCUGUAGAUGUCUUCAAUGAGGACUCGGACACUGAAAUGUCAGAUACAGAUCUAGUUACUGUGGAGGUGAAACCAGAUGAGAAAUGGGAUUGUGAAUCCAUACUGAGUACAUACUCCAAUCUCUACAACCAUCCUAAACUCAUCACAGAACCAAAAAAGGUGAAAAAUAAGGAAGUUCAGUUGAAGGGUAAAUAUGGUAUACCAGCAGACGUGAUAGCCACAAGGGGCCUUACAGAACAUGAGAUUAACAUGCAGAUGACUCAGCGAGAUCGGGCAGAUAAAGCCAGUACUUACAGACCCAAAGAUGAAACUCCCCAAGAGAAGGCAGAUAGAAAGAGGGCUUUAAAAGAUGAGAGAAGGGAAAGGAGACAGGAAAAGAAAUUAAACCGGAAAGCAUUUACAAAAGAAAAACUUAGACAAGAUAAAGAAGUAUUGAACUUAAACCAAAACUUAAAAGGAGUUAAAAUCGUAUGAUAGUUUAUCUUCUGUUUGAUGAAACAGUCACAAUAGUCAUGACCCCCAGAUCAUGUUCUGCAGCAGGUAGAGGAUAUUUGAAGACUAGUGCGUCAGACAGCUCUGAAAAGAGCAAAAUAGCAGAUUGUGUUGAAGGAUUUGAGGGUGGAGAUCUGCAGGUCCUAGUCGCAGUCAACAACACUGUCAAUAUCAAUGUGUGAAGCAUGCUGGUUAUUUGGUUCAUCUUUUCAAAAUGCUCUUCAUGAAUUUGCAAAUUCCUCCAAUCCGCUGCUAUUAGUUUCCUUGAAGUUCUGGCAUACUGGAUUUCAGAGUUCAAUUGGAAAAAGUUAUUCUUUAUCUGUUGAUGCUUUGAUGUAAGUCAAUGCUUGCAAUUGGCUGUGGGGAAGAAAUUACUAUGACUUGUUAAGAACUGUAUAUUCAUAUUGGAUUUAUUUGAUGUUAAAGACACCUAUCCAUCACAAUUCAGUAAUCUUGUAAUGCCACUGAGAAAUAUAGAAAUUUUGCAUAACAUGGGCUCUAUAUGACCUGUGUGACGAAUGUUCUGAGGCCUGCAUAGAAAUAAAUGUUGCCGUGAACAGUUCAAGUUCGAAGAAAUUGUUUCAUCAUGUGCGUAAAUUAAAUGUAAAAUUUAAUUACAGAAAUUUAAUAUUUAGCACAUCAUUUUGACUGUAACUAUUUUAUUGCAAAUAAUGCAGUUGGAUGAAAGUUAUAACAAGACAAGUAUGCAGGGCCACAUUAGUUGUUCUCUAAAGCAGUAUAUACCCAAUUCAUUAAGAAAAACAUUUAUUGUUAGAAGGGCGAUGUGCAGAACCCAUGAAUCAGCCAUGUCCGCUCAAGGUCAAGGUCACAACUCAAGGUCAAAGGUUUGAGCCUUCCAUUUUGUGUCUGCUCUAUAUCUCCUAAACCCCUUGAAGGAAUUUUAUAAAAUUUGGGUCAAAUGAUCACCUCAACAAGGUGAUGUGAGAACCCAUGAGUCAGCCAUGCCGGCUCAAGGUCAAGGUCACAACUUAGGGUCAAAGGUUUGAGCCUUCCAUUUUGUGUCUGCUCUAUAUUUCCUAAACCCCUUGAAGGAUUUCAUCAAACUUGAGUCAAAUGAUCACCUUAUCAAGGCGAUGUGCAGAACUCAUGAGUCAGCCAUGCCGGCUCAAGGUCAAGGUCACAGCUGAAGGUCAAAGGUUUGAGCCUUCCAUUUUGUGUCUGCUCUGUAUCUUCUAAUUCCCUUGAAGGAUUCAUAUGAAACUUGGGUCAAAUGAUCACCUCAUCAAGGCGAUGUGCAAAACUCAUGGGUCAUCCAUGCUGGCUCGAGGUCAAGGUCACAACUCAAGGUCAAAGGUCUGUGCCUUCUCUUUUGUGUCCACUCUGUAUCUCUUAAACCCCUUGAAGGAAUUUUAUAAAACUUGGGUCAAAUGAUCACCUCACCAAAACGAUGUGCGGAACUUAUGAGUCAGCCAUGCCGGCCCAAGGUCAAGGUCAUUACUUAGGGUCAAAGGUUUGAGCCUUCCUUUUUGUGUCCACUCUGUAUCUCCUAAACCCCUUGAAGGAUUUUCAUCAAACUUUAGUAAAAUGAACCACUAAUCAAGAACUCAUGAGUCAGCCAUGUCAACUCAAGGUCAAAGGUUUGAGCUCUGUAUCUCCUCAACCCCUUGAAGGAUUUUUAUGAAACUUUGGUCAAAUGAUCAUCUCAUUAAGACGUUGUGCAGAAUUCAUAUGUCAGUGCAAGGUCAAGGUCACAGCUAAAGGUCAAAGGUUUACCCUUCCACUAUCCAUAGCAGUGGCGGGGGAUUUAGCUGUCUUUCAGACUGCCUUGUUUCUUUAAUAAGGAUAUUGAUUUUUUUUAAAAAGUCCUACUCGACCUAAAAAAAACUUUUAAUAUAGAUGCUACAUUUUCUUACUUUUCUGCAACUUACACAUGAACUUGACCGUAAUCGAUCAUUAUGAGAAAUUUGAAAUUGUUAUCUGUGAUAUUUAAAGAUAAUAAAUUUAUUAUUAAAGUU